ACACAACAAGAGUUCGAAUAUUAAUAUAACUGACGACCAAAUUGCUUCUCAUAAUGAGAGCUCUCUUUCUCAUCUACCUUAUCCUUUCUCCCUUUAGAGCUGUAUCAAGAACUUUGCUAGAAAAUCAUGAGGGGCUUAACGUAGGAUCUGGUUAUGGAAGGGGUACAAAUCUACCACCACCAUCUCCAGCUUCAUCUCCCCCGAGCAAGGAAGUAUCCAACAGUGUCUCUCCUACUCGCACUGAUGAGAAAACCUCUGAAAACACUGAACUCGUUAUGACAACAAUUGCUCAAGGGGAAAACAGUAAUCAGCUGUUUCCAUUUCUAACUUCAUCAGACAAUUACCAAUUAGCAAGUUUCAAGAAAUUGUCCAUCUCAUACCUUCUGCCUGUCUCAUAUGUGUGGAAACUGAUCAGUUCGUCGUCUUUUAAUCACGAUCUUGUAGAUAUUUUUGACACGAGCUCCGAUGAAAAAUACUGGAAUCGUAAGCCUCUAUCACCACCUUCUCCAAAGCCAGCAGAUGGUCAUCGUCCUCUUCAGUCCUAUUAAGCCUCAUAUCUCUAGUUUAGAGUGUUAUGUGUACUAAGUAGCUUUUAUUUAGUAUUUCUUUGUAAGCUGCUUUAGUUCACUUAUCAAUUAUGAUAAUGGUCGAAUAACCUUAGCUAUUUCAUAACAUGGCUAUAGGGUUGUAACUUAGCGGGGACGUUUGGUUUUGAGAUAAUAAGUUAAACCUGAAUUAAUAUUAAUGUAGGGAUUGUAAUGUGUAUUUCUUGUUUGAUGUUUGGUUUGAUGUAUUAACAAUUACUAAUGUACGUGUAAUCUAAGAUGGUGUGUGUUUUGUUUAA